UUUGGGAGAGGAAAAUAGGAACAGAAGACCCCAAGCGAGUUGCCCACAUCCGAAUGCUCCAGCUGGGGACAGUUGGGAGGGGGAGUGGUGCGAGCUCCGUGAUGCUGGUUUGGUUUGGCCAUCCUGAGAACGUCUUCACCUGGAUACUGCCAGGAUUAGUUGCUGCUUCUGAGACUUGGUUUACAUAAGAGUUAUAAAACAGAUCGGGGUGAGGACACAGGGAGGUGAAGAGGGCAGUGGUGGCCCUGUCACAGGUAGUGAUCCUGCUCUGGUUAUCACUGGGGGUACCUGGCAGGUACCACAACCCCCUGGGUCUCACCAGGAAAGCAGAGAAAUGCUUUUUGCACAGAGAAUUUGGGGGGGUUUAGGCUGAAAUGUUUGACCUUGGCAUUCAGUUGUGUGUUUGAGCAGCAGUCGUGGCCCCCUGUGCUUGUGCUGGCCAAAUGUGGCCACACUGAGCCACAGCUGAGGAUGUUUGGGGUGAGGUGGGUGAAUUCCAACUGCAUGAAAUGGUGGAUGGAUGGGUUGUAAAGGCCCAGCUGUGGUGUGGUCUGUGAGUUAAAUCACAAAGCAAUGCUUUGGGAGAGUUGCUUGCUUUUCCUUCCCUUCCUCUUUUCAGCUUAUUUUUUACUGGGUUGAAAAGUACCUGAACCAUCUUUCCUGUAGAAACUGGAAAGCCUGUGGGAUCUGAUUGUAACUCUGUGCCCCUUCAGCUCUGCUCCCUGUUUCCCCAGCCCUUGGAAGGGUGUGUGGAAGCUCUUUGAUUCGGUUUUGCUGUGUGUGCUGCAGUGGAAGGGCCCUGCCAUGUGCUGGGGAGGAGGAAUUUUCUUUUCUGAGGGCAGUUGUGACUGUGUGCUGGUUCCUCCCCUCUGCCAGGUGUGGGAUCCAUGGCAGGAGCCCUGCGCAUCGGGGACCAGCUCAUUCUGGAAGAAGAGUACAAUGAAUCCUACGUUCCUAAGGAGCAAGAAAUCCGGGAUUUUGCACCAACCAUCGGGAUUGACCCCGACAAGGAGUCGGAGCUGCUGUGGCUGGCCAGGGAGUGCCUGGUGACCCCCCUGCCCCCGGAGUGGAAGGCCUGCCAAGAUAUCGCGGGUGGUGACAUCUAUUUCUUCAACUUUGAAAAUGGCCUCUCCACGUGGGAGCAUCCCUGUGAUGAGCACUACAAGCAGCUGGUCAUCAGGGAGAGGGAGAAGCUGCUGGCACGGGGCAGCUUGAAGAAGGAAAAGAAGGAGAAAAAGGAGAAAAAGGAGAAGAAGGAAAAGAAGGACAAGAAAGAGAAGAAGAAGGACAAGAAGGAGAAGCAGUUCCUGAAGCAGCUCCCUCCCCCAGGCUCCCAGCUGGCUCCCAUCCAGCCUCCACUGGGCACCCUUUCUCCUCUCCGUGGUCUCACCCCGUCUUCAUCCCUGGCCCUUCGUGGCUCCCUGAACCUGGACCUGGGCAAUGUGGUGGAGUCCAACCUCAUCCCCAAGGAAGGAACUCUGCCUGCAGAGAUCUCGAAGCCCAGCACCCGCACCAAGAACCUGCUGGGGAUGAUCUGUGAAGAGAAAAGUUCCUUGAGCAAGGCAGUGCCAGAGAAAUGGAAAAGCGAAGAGGAAGAAAGCGAAAAUGAGAGUUUCCAUGGGACUUCAAGACUGUUAAAAAACGUGUACCUGGAUGUUGAAGCCCUGGCAGGCAGCUUUGACUUUGAGGAGAACAGCAAGGAGGAGCAGGAGGAGCGUGGCAGCCCAUCAGCUGGUGCUGCUGAAGCUGCUCCCCAGCCCCACGGGAGCCCUGAGGAGGAAGCUGCCAGCCUGGGAGAGAAGGAGUCUUUAAAAUCAAGACAUCCUGAAGAAGUGCCAGAGUCUUCCUUGGAUUCUGGUGCUGCGUGCCCUCCGUCCCCAGUUCAGAUCCUCCCUGGCGAUGCUGACAGCAGCCUGUCUGCCCCCAACAAGGAGCAGGAACUUGCUGGGGAUGAAGUAGUGGACAAAGAAGAAGCUGAGGUGGAAGGAGACGCCUCUGCAGCUGAGGAGCUGCCUCAGUCUGAGGGGGAGAGGAGCACAGCAGGGCUGGACGUGCCCGGCUCUCCUGCACAGGGGGAUGUGCUGGCCAGCCUGGCUGCCACUGCUGACACCGUGUCCUGUGGAGAAAAGGGGCUGGAUGAAGAGAGGGAAGAAGCAGCAGCUGAUUCAAAAUCAGAGGAUGAUGGCAAACUUUCAAAGGCAUCCAGGGCCAGUGGCUGUGAGCAGGACUUGUCUGUCUCCAAGUGCUCCGACCAGGAGGUGGUUCAGCCCGUGGGCUUGGACUUGAAGAGGCAGCUCUCUGAGGAGGUUCUGGAUGUGGGGACUGUGUCUCCUGAUUUGGACAGCCCCGAGUGCAAGGCCCAGGAGCUGGGAGAAGAGGAAAAAGACCAAAGCAAAGCCAGUGUGGAGGAAGAGCAAAGGGAAAGAACAGAAGCUGCUGAGAGUGAGAGGGAUCUCGGUGCUUGUGAGACACCAGUGGAGCGUUUUGGGUUAGAAAAUGCCAGUGGGGCGGAGGCUGCAGAGCCGGAGGAGGGAGCCCUGCAUAACCUGGUGGAUCCCGAGGAGCUUCCUGCCCCACAGAACGUGCAAGCUGAGAAGGAAAUCGAGCAGUCCUUGAAUCAGCCUAAGGAUGAAUCCCUGGAGGAAAUAGUCAAGGAGGUGGAGACGGAGCUGGAGCAAGAGGAAAUACAUUUAUUUCAAGCAAAGGAGGAGAAAAUUCAGCAAUUCCAGGAGGAGAUGAGGCAGAAGGAGGAGGAGGAGGAAGCUGAAAAGCUUCAUCAGCAAAAAGAAAAACCCCUCAGUGCUCCAGAAGAAGAUUUGGAAAAAUCUGAGCAGGAAGAGGAAGAGUUGCUUGUCAGAGAGGAAAAAGCCAAGAGACUCGAAAAGCUGCGAGCCCAAAUCGCCUCAGAGAUCGAGGCAGAGGAGGAGAGGAUGAGGGCAGAGCAGGAGGUCAGGCUGCAGAAGCUGAGGGAGGAGUGGGAAUCCCAGCAGCUGGUGGAGAAGGAGAGCCUGGAGAGGAAGCAGCAGCUUGCCUUGGAGGAAAUGAAGCUGGCAGCAGAGGAAGCCCGGCAGAAGGAGAUGAGUGAGCUGGAGGAAGAGAAGGAGCAGUUCCUGAGCGAGCUCAGGGAGAGGUUGGACAGGGAGAAGAAGAAGGCAGCAGAGGAGCUGGAAGAACAGUUUGCCAGUGAACUCCAGCAGCUGAAGUCUGCAGCAGAAGAGAAGCACCAUGAGGUCAUUUCCAGCCUGCAAGCCCAGCUGGCAGAGGCACAGAGCAGCCAGGAGGCCCAGCUGCGUGAGGAGCUGCAGAGAGCAGAUCAGGAGGUGCAGCACAGAGCCCUGAAAGUGAAGGAGUACGAGCGUGAGCUCAGCGAGCUCAUGAGUGACAAACGGCGGGAAGUGGAAAAGGAGCACGAGAGGAGGAUGGAGAGGAUGAGGGAGGAGCACCGGGAGGUUCUGGCACGGAUCCAGGAGCAGUACCAGGAGGAGGAGCAGAAGCAGAGGUCAGAGCUGCUGGAGGGGCUGCGGGGCGAGGCGGCGCGGCUGCGGCAGCUCCACGACACCGAGGUGAAGGAGCUGCAGGCAGAGCUGGAGGGGAGGCUGAGCUCCCUGCAGCAGAGGCACAGGGAGAAGGAAAGAAAGGUCCAAGAUUCAGAGAAGGAGCUUGAAAUCCGCAUGAAAAGCAUCCAAGCCAGAUCAGAGCAUCUCCUCAGCCAGGAGGAGUCCCUGCAAAGGAGGAGGCAGCUGCUGCUGGAUGAGGAGGAACAGAUGCAGCUCCAAAGAAAUGAAGCUGCUCUGGCCUCUCAGCUGCGCCUGGAGGAGAGCAGGAAGGAGCAUUCCAGCCUCCUGGAGUCUGUCAGGCAGCUGAGGAAGACCCUGGAGGAGCUGCAGGACCAGAAGGCUGAGCUGGAGGCCCAGGUGGAUUUGCUGCAGAGCCGGAGCCAGAGGCUGCAGAAACGCAUCGGAGAGCUGGAGGCAGCAAUCAGGAGCAAGCAGGAGGCUCUGAAAGAGCUGGAGGCAGAAGAAAGUGUGCAAUCUCCAAGAAAGAAAGAUGAGCUCCGUGUUGAAGACCUGAGAGAAACUCCUCAAGCUCACUCGUCCAGAGAUCCUUCCCCAGCCUCCCAGAGCCCCGAGGACAGCGAGCCCCAGUUUGAUCGGGUCAGGAGCUACAUCUCAGCCGAGGGGCAGUCCCUGAGGAGCGCCAAGGAGUUCCUGCUGCGCCAGAGCCGCUCCCUGCGCCAGCGGCGCUCGGCGCUCAGGGCUGCCAGCCUGCAGUGGCACCAGGACCUGCGCAGGGCCCAGGAGGCUGUGCAGGAUCCCCACAGCUCCCAGCUCCUGCAGGGAAUGCAGAGGAACCUGGAGGAGGAGGCAAAGGAGUUGGACAAGAUGAAGUUGGCCAUGCAGAAAGGGCAGGUGCUGCUGAAGAAGAAGGAGGAGAAGCUCAGCCAGCUGGAGUCCUCGCUGUUGGAGGAGCUCUCAGAUGAAGAUACACUGAAGAGUUCUGCAUGCAAGAAGGUGGUGACUUUUGAUCUGAGCACCUCUGAGGACACAAACAGCACAUCCAGUGUGAACCUGGGCCAGUCUAGAUUUGACUUGAGAGCAGAUUUCUGGCCUGCCCUCCAGCAGGACAAGAUCCAGCACCUGAGGGACUCUGUGCAGAGCAUCACCAGUGAGCUCAACGGGGUCCUGGGGCUCCUGGACUCCCUGAGCCGUCACCAGCCUCCUCUGCUCACCUCCACACCCCACGAGGGCAUCCCCCUUCCCACACAGCCCUCCCUGGGAGGCCUGCAGGGGGGCAGCUCCCUGGGGAACCCCCCCAGGGCAUCCCCCCUGGACCAGUGGGCCCGGAGCAGCCGGCUCAGCUCCAGUUAUUCCAUCUCAGGGCAGUCAGUGGACAACAUGCUGGCAGAGAAAUGGCACAGGUAUUUCCCAGGUGGGUUCUCAUCACUUGGUGGUAGUCCUGUGUCUCUGGACAGCAAGCUGGGAUAUGUCCCUGCAGAUGAACAAAUCCGGCUCUUCCAGUAUUCCAAGUUCAGUGAGCCAGAGAAGAGGAAUAUUGAGGGCAUGAUUGAGAGCAACAAGAAAUGGCUGAAAGACUUCAAGGAUUCCAAAAUACCUCUCUCCCCACGGGCACAGAAGCCCCCAGGCAGCAGCCCCAGCCUCCUGCAGCUGGGGCUGGAUGAGAACAGAGAGAUCAAGGUGUACCACUACUGAAAGCUGCCGAGCCACUCGCCGUUCUGGCUGCCGAGGACGCUGCUCUUCAAGGGAUCCCAUCUGUGAGGAACCGUCUUCAAAGCCAUUCUCCCGAGACAGCUGCUGGGGGGAGGCUGUGAAGCUGCUGCCCCCCACCCCCUGUGCUGUGUGAGCCCCUCGGGUGGGCAGUGCCCCCCUGCUCUGCUCCCCGUGUGCUGGCACACGCUGUGAGCCUGGCACGGGGAUGUUUACAACCAAAUAGAAAUAUAUUUUUGAUGAACAUCAUUUUAAAACUCUUAAGAAUGUAUGUAUUUUAUUUUUUUUUUUCUUGCUGUUUCUCGAGGAUUUUUGUAAUUACUCAACCAGCCUUAUUCCUUCCUAGGAAAGGAGGGAUCAAAACACGGGUAUCCCAUCUGCUGUUGGAUUGCACAGACCCCUUCCUGUAGGGAUUUUGCUUUUAGUUUACUGGACACUCAGAGGACACAACCCCAGUCAGGGUUUUCAGAAGGGACCUCACAGUUGUGGUUGCUGUGGCCAAAGCCAUAUCACCGAGUCCAUUCUGUGUUUUGGGAGAAGCAUGCAUUAACAGUGCAGGGAAAUACCAGUUUUUUUUAACAAUAACUCGGUUUGAAGCCUGCUCCUUUUUCCUGUUAAAACCUGGGGUAGCAGCUGUAUCUGGUUUUGUAUAAAUUAAAUCAACAUGAGCCUGUUUUGUAUGAUGGUGGUGGUUGUGACUCUGUUUUGUUGUAGCUGGAUAUCCAGCUGUACUUACCUCUCACAUCUCCCCUUGUCUCUGGGCUCUCUCAUGUUUUGUUUUGUCAAGGUCAUUUCUGGCAGUUCCCAAGACCACUUAAGCUCGCUGUGGCUUUGUUACCAUUAUUCUUUUAAGUAUCUGGACAGGGCAGCAAAUGCAGAGAGAAGAAAGCUGAAAACCAAAACUACAAAAUGGAAACAAGGCAUCGCUCUGGCAGCCUGGGAUGUGUUAAAAAUGUCUCUCUGUGGAUUGGCUGUGGCUGCUGAUUUCCCAUGGGUUUGGGAGCAGCCAGGAAUUGCCCCAGCAGCGUGCUGGGUGCUGCUGGGAUCGCUGAGUAACUCUCUCACCAGGAAUUAGGGAGGUUUGGUGACGUGUUCUUCUCUUCCCAUGACUGUUCCCAUCUCCUGUUUGCUCCUGCCAGCAGCCUGGG